AUGGAGAGGAGUAUAAAGGAUGGGGGAGAAGUUCAGAAGACCAAGGUGGGGUUCAACCGAGACAAAUCAUCUGUCCAGUUGGGCCAGGCCUUGGUGGGGACCUCGGUCUGGGCCCGGGCCAAAGCCGAGGUGUGUGAGUGGGAACUGGGGCGCACGGGCAGCCUCCCUGCUGCCCAGGCUCCAGAUCCUCAGGGCCGAGGCCCCGACAGCCUCGCCCAGGCCCUGCCCAGCACCAAGCUGGAGGAGGGGGCUGGAAACCUUAGCCCAAGCUCAGACCUGCUGCUUGAGGCACCUGGCUUUGUGAGUGAGCUCGGGGGUGAGGGUGAACUGGGCCUGGGCGGACCGGUGUCCCCGCCCGUGCCUCCCGCGCUGCCCAACGCGGCCGUGUCGGUCCUGGAGGAGCCACAGAACCGAACCUCAGCCUACAGCCUGGAGCACGCAGACCUGGGCGCCGGCUACUACCGCAAGUACUUUUACAACAAAGAACACCAGAACUUCUUCGGACUGGAUGAGGUGCUGGGUCCGGUGGCAGUGAGCCUGCGGCGGGAGGAGAAGGAGGGCAGCGGAGGGGGCACUCUGCACAGCUACCGUAUCAUCGUGCGGACCACGCAGCUCCGGACCCUCCGUGGCACCAUCUCGGAGGAGGUGCUGCCUCCAGGGCCCCCGAGGGGCCUGUCCCCGAGGAAGCUUCUGGAGCAUGUGGCGCCCAGGCUGAGCCCCACCUGCCUGCGCCUGGGCUCGGCCUCGCCGAAGGUGCCACGCACACUGCUCACGCUGGACGAGCAAGUGCUGAGCUUCCAGCGCAAGGUGGGCAUCCUGUACUGCCGGGCGGGCCAGGGCUCGGAAGAGGAGAUGUACAACAACCAGGAGGCAGGACCCGCCUUCAUGCAGUUCCUCACCCUGCUGGGCGACGUGGUGCGGCUCAAAGGCUUUGAGAGCUACCGGGCCCAGCUGGACACCAAAACGGAUUCCACGGGCACGCACUCGCUGUACACCGUGUACCAGGACCACGAGAUCAUGUUCCACGUGUCCACGAUGCUGCCUUACACCCCCAAUAAUCAGCAGCAGCUCCUGCGGAAGCGCCACAUCGGCAACAACAUCGUAACCAUCGUGUUCCAGGAGCCAGGCAGCAAGCCCUUCUGCCCCACCACCAUCCGCUCACACUUCCAGCACGUGUUCCUGGUGGUGCGGGCACAGGCGCCCUGCACUGCGCACACCUCCUACAGGGUGGCCGUGAGCCGCACCCAGGACACCCCAGCCUUUGGUCCGGUUCUGCCCCUAGGUGGAGGCCCUUUCCCGGCCAAUGCCGACUUCCGGGCCUUCCUGCUGGCCAAGGCGCUCAAUGGGGAGCAGGCGGCGGGCCACGCACGCCAGUUCCACACCAUGGCCACGCGCACGCGCCAGCAGUACCUGCAGGACCUGGCCACCAAUGAGGUGGAGAAAUGGACAGUGAUCUGCCCCUUCCUCCCCAGGAGCUUCUCGGAGCUGUACAGGCUGUCCCUGCAGGAGCCCAGCAGGCGUGGGGCCCCAGAGCCAGUGCAGGAAGAGGCCCCUGAGGUGGCCCUGAUGCCCACCACGAAGCAGCUGCUGCACGUGUGCCUGAGUGAGGGCAGCGGUCCUCCGGGGCCUGGGGACCUAGCCGAGGAGAGGACCGAGUUCCUGCGCAGCCAGAACUCGCCAUCGCCCUGCAGCUCCCUGUCCGAUGAGGCCCCAGUCCUGCCCAACACCACCCCAGACCUCCUCCUGGCAACCACGGCCAAGCCGUCACCUCCUGGUGCUGGCAGGGAGACACCCCCCACCCAGGAUGGGCCAGCCAGCCCCAGUGGCGGUGAGGACAGAGCGGACCCGGCCCCAGAGAUGAGGGCCUCCUUCCUGCCACGAACCUUGUCUCUUCGAAACUCCAUCAGCAAAAUCAUGUCAGAGGCGGGCAUGGAGACUCUGGAAGACGAGUGGCAGUCCAUCUCGGAAAUCGCCUCCACUUGCAACACCAUCCUGGAGUCGCUGUCCCGGGAGGGACAGCCCAUCCCAGAGAGUGGAGAUGCCAGGGGAGCCCCAAAAUCUGAUGCUGAGCCAGAACCCAGGAACCUAUCAGAGAAGGUCUCUCACCUGGAGUCCCUGCUCAGGAAGCUGCAGGAGGACCUGCAGAAGGAGAAGGCAGACCGAGCAGCCCUGGAGGAGGAGGUUCGCAACCUGCGGAACAACAACCGCCUGCUCCUGGCCUCCCAGCAUCUGGGCUCACCCGCCACGGACUUGGCCUGAGCCACUUGGUCCAGCCUUAGCCUGGCUGUGGACCUGCUCAGAACUGCCCGGGUCCUUCAGGGCCCGGGGUCACGCUGGGCCCGGGGCCCCCUCAGGAACUCUCCCUGCGCAGAGGCGCGUCUUGGCACUGCCCCCACUCCCCAGCCCAUUACUGGUGGUGAAGUUUCCCCUGCCCCAUCCUGUGUGUAAAUAUUCUGUGAGAAAAGGGGACUUCAGGGAUUAAAGAAGCCACUGCAGUUUG